AUGGCGGAUGCAUUGGCCGAUUCACGCAUCGACAACAGUAACACUGCGGCGGUACAAGCAACCAACGACGACGCUUCCGCCAGUAAAUUGUCAUGUGUGAAAAAGGGAUACAUGAAAGAUGAUUACAUUCAUUUAUUUGUGAGAAGGCCUGUAAGGAGAUCUCCAAUUAUUAAUCGUGGUUACUUUUCUCGUUGGGCUGCCCUCCGGAAACUUCUCUACCAGUUUCUUGAUGUUGAGAAAAAGACUGAUGAAAAUGGCCCAACAAAGAUGCAGAUAUUAUCACUUGGAGCAGGCUUUGAUACAACAUAUUUUCAGUUGCAGGAUGAGGGGAAAGCACCACAUUUAUAUGUGGAAGUGGACUUUAAGGAGGUAACAAGUAAAAAGGCGGCCCUUAUUGAGACUUGCAGUCAAUUGAAGAAUAAACUUGGGGAAAUAGCUUCCAUUUCAAGAGAGAAAGGAGAAGUGGUCAGUGCUCAUUAUAAACUAGUCCCUGCAGAUUUGCGUGAUGUAAAACAAUUAAAUGAUAUUAUAACCAUUACCGAGUUGGAUCCUAGCCUGCCAACUUUUAUAAUUGCAGAAUGUGUUCUGAUUUACUUGGAUCCUGAUUCAAGUCAUGAAGUUGUUGGCUGGGCCUGUCGAACAUUUUCAACAGCAAUAUUUUUUCUUUAUGAGCAGAUCCAUCCAGAUGAUGCUUUUGGGCAGCAGAUGAUCCGAAACUUGGAGUGCCGAGGUUGUCCUCUGUUAGGCAUUUAUGCCACACCAACUUUAAUUGCAAAGGAAAAAUUAUUUCUGGACCAAGGAUGGCAGAAGUCUGUUGCAUGGGACAUGCUGAGAGUUUAUAAUGAUUUUGUUGAUGCUCAAGAAAGACGCAGGAUUGAACGUUUGGAAUUGUUUGAUGAAUUUGAAGAGUGGUACAUGAUGCAGGAGCACUACUGUGUGGCUUAUGCAAUCAACGAUGCAAUGGGUCUUUUUGGGGAUUUUGGAUUUCUUAAUAACAACAAUGUGCUACCUUCCUCAUGA